AUGGCUCUCCAAGUCAACCCGACUAGAGCUUUUGAGAGAUCACUUACCGCCGCGGGCGAGCUGUGGCGUGCAGAAACCACGAGAUUUCCAGGUUUUGAUGCGGGAACGGGAAAUGGAUUAUUAGGUUCAAGAUCUAAGAGAGGUCUUCAGUAA